AUGGUACUCCAAACUCUGCUCGAUUACCUUUCCGUUGGCCUUCCACAGAUUCCCGUAGGUGGCACUGCCCCAUCUCGCAACACGACGAAUCCUCGCUAUGGCGCAGAGGAUAUCCACGAGGUGGUUUCUUGGCUCGAAUUCAACUACUCCACAAUUACUCAGCGAUAUGGUGUUCCACUGCGAUUGAAACAGAUUCAAUCCGAGCCCGCCGCAUCCCCACCUGCCGCGAUAAGAGACGAGCCCCAGUUUCAGCUACGGUUUGCCGAACUCGUUUUGCCUCGUGUGAGGCGGUCACUUCGGGCUGCUUUCGAGCAACUUGCAUCUGAACUUGCGGUGCGACGACUCUCGCCGGUCACGUUCGAUGGAGGAAGUGCGGCGUUUAUAGUAGAUCUGUUUCGACCAGAUACUGCUUUCAUAGCAGUCGGAGGAAGUGCUGCUUCAAGUCCGAAUCGAGCUCCAGGGGACUUGAAGGUAUCCUGGAAAUGGCAGUCUUCAUGGCGUUAUUCUCAGACUCUCGCAGAACAGCGUGAGUAUAAGCAGGUAUUGGCUCAGGAUAAUUUCUAUAUGCGUCAGCAUAACGCCCGGUAUGGCUAUAUUCUGACGGACACGGAGCUUGUUGCUGUCAAGCGUUUAGAGGGGAGUGGUCGUCUAGCGGUCUCCACGGCUGUGGCCUGGACGCAGGGAGGUGUAGGAGUAUUAUCGGUACUAUUAGCUUUAUGGUACCUCGGGAUGCUUGCAGCAGAGGACGGGAGUUGGAUUUUAAAUGCAUAG